AAAUCAUCAGUCAAUAAUAUUUUUCCAAUUUAACUCAAUUUAUGGUUUAGUCCAAUUUUCGAGUUGAUUUUGUACAACGCUUAACCAACGAGAGAGAUGAGAGGAGUGGGAGGGCCGUUGUUAUGCAUCGGCGAUCUGCUGAGUGACGUUGGAGAAAGCGAUGCCGGCGGUGAUCAACUUCCGUCGCACCCAAUCAAUACACCUCCACCGGAUUUCAACUCCAGCCUCCAACCCUCCGAUCUAAACAAGCUCUUUCAGGAAAAGUAUGAGCAGCUGAACAAGGCACUUGCUGGCACAGAUCAUUCAUGGACGCAUCUCACACUGGAGCUAUGCACUGCACUGGAGACUGCAAACAAGUUGGUUCACUCGACCAAUUCUAAUGUUGGCAUGUUGAAAGAUAAGGUUGAGGAGCUUUGGGAAGUCAUUAAUAGAAGAGACGCAACUAUUGAAGCGGCAAAAGCCUUUGAAGGCUCUCCAAAACAACCUGAGAGCAGUUAGUGAGGAUGUCUGAUCAAUUACCAAGUUGAAGGUCAGCAGUCUUGCUUUGCACUGGACUUAUCACUUCUAGCUUUUACAAGGACAUUUUUAGCCUGUUCUUGCUGUAAAUAUGCAUGAAUUAAAGAUAUUGGUACUGGCAAUACUUAAGCUGCAUUUGCUGCACCUGCUUCCCAUUCGUCCCUUGCCAAAGCUUACAUUUUAUUUUGUUACUUAUGAAGUCAUUUCACUAUGUACGCCUUGGUACUUCUGUAAUCCUUGUUCUGACUAUGUGUAGUGUAGGUUUGUCUUAUGCUGAAGCAGUGAUAGAUCUCAUAGAAUCCCGUUAUGAUAGAAAGGAUAUUCUUCUGGCA